GGUCGGAAAAACCCUCUCUCGUGAGCCCUGGCUCCAGACACAACACUGUUGAGGAGGGAUCACCAUCACCAUCACCACCUACGCUUGCUCCAGCAGCAGGAGCAGCCUCAGCCACCAUCCUGUCGGUUACACCCACCAUUCAACAAGCAAGCCACUCUCCAGAUAUGCCCUGUAUGCAAGCCCAAUACAACCCUUCAGCCCCUUGCUCAAGUUAUGCUGCUCAAACUUCUUAUGCUUCAGAGUACAGUCCUGAGAUCAUGAACCCUGACUACGCAAAGCUGACCAUGGAAUUAAGUAGUGCUGAGAUCAGUGCCACUGCUACCACCUCUCUGCCCAGUUUCAGUACCUUUAUGGAAGGUUAUUCUGGGGGUUAUGAACUGAAGCCCUCCUGCCUAUACCAAAUGCAAUCUGUCUCCUCUUCUUCAUCACCUUCCUCUGCAAGCCAGAGACCCCUCAUCAAGAUGGAAGACAAUCGGAUGCACAGUUAUCACCCUUCACUUUCUCUAACGGUGGAUGAAAGCAUGCCCAGCACCUCCAUGUACUUCAAGCAGUCCCCACCCUCUACACCUUCAGCCCCUGGGUUUACACCCCAACAGACCUGGGAUGAAUCACCCUCACAUUCUCUUUCACCAGCACAGACUUGCAUGGCCCCAUGCCACCUGGUAGAUACUGCCUCUAUGAAAACCAUGCCUGGCCGCUUUCCACUUUUCCAUUUCAAGCAUUCACCACCCCAUAUACCUAUUGCAGGUGGCCACAUGUGCUAUGAUGCCACUGGCUUGAGCCUACCCAUCGGAUCAGAUAGGCCUAGUGCUAGUCAAGCAGCUAUGGAAAAUCAUCCAUAUGGGCACCCUAUGUCCAAGAGAGCAGCCUCCUUAGCUUUUACACCACUGGGCCUCAAUACAGCCACUUCCAACCUUCUAGGUGAGAGCAGCAGUAGCAGCAGCGGCCUUCCUUCUCCAUCUAGCAGAAGUUCUUCAGCAGGAGAAGGAACUUGUGCUGUGUGUGGGGACAAUGCGGCUUGCCAGCACUAUGGUGUUCGGACUUGUGAGGGAUGCAAAGGCUUCUUCAAGAGAACAGUUCAGAAAAAUGCAAAAUAUGUUUGCCUGGCCAAUAAAAACUGCCUAGUAGAUAAGCGUCGUCGGAACAGAUGUCAGUACUGCCGAUUUCAGAAGUGUCUCAGUGUUGGUAUGGUAAAAGAAGUUGUCCGUACUGACAGUUUGAAAGGAAGAAGAGGCCGGCUACCUUCAAAACCAAAGAGUCCUUUGCAGCAAGACCCUGUGCAGCCCUCCCCUCCAUCUCCUCCAAUCAGUAUGGUGAAUGCUCUUGCGCAAGCCCUAUCUGAUUCUGCACCCCAGGAACUUGAUUACUCCAGAUACUGUUCUACGGAACAAACUUCUGCAGGUACAGAUGCAGAGCAUGUACAACAAUUCUACGAUCUUCUCACUGCCUCCAUUGAAAUAUCUAGAGACUGGGCAGAAAAAAUCCCAGGAUUUACUGAUCUCCCUAAAGAAGAUCAAACUUUACUCAUAGAAUCAGCUUUUUUGGAACUUUUUAUAUUACGACUAUCCAUAAGAUCUGACAUUAGUGAAGACAAGCUUGUUUUCUGCAAAGGGCUUGUGCUUCAUCGACUUCAGUGCCUUCGUGGAUUUGGGGAGUGGCUUGACUCAAUUAAAGAUUUUUCUUUAAAUUUACAAAGCCUCAACCUUGACAUCCCAGCCUUAGCAUGUUUGUCAGCUCUAAGUAUGAUUACAGACCGUCAUGGAUUAAAAGAACCAAAGAAAGUGCAUGAGCUAUGCAACAAAAUCAUGGGCAGCUUGAAAGAUCACUUGGCCUUCAACUGUCAGAGCAAACGACAACUCAUUGAGUCUGCAGAAUCUAAAGUUCUUGGUGUCCUCACUGACUUGCGUGCUGUCUGCACGCUAGGACUGCAGCGGAUCUUUUACCUGAAAUUGGAAGAUUUAGUGCCACCUCCUUCCAUUAUUGACAAGCUAUUUUUGGACACCUUACCAUUCUGAAAGUCAAGUUUCCCUUGUGAAAGGCAACUACCUACCAGAGCAGGCAAAAAUAUCAGAAUUGACUUAUAACAAUGCUGCUUUUGUUAAAUGAGGAAAGAAGUAAUUCCAGCCCUAAUCAUAUAUAUGGACUUUUCCCAAUAUAUGUCUUUGUAAACUGAGGUCUAAGAUAUAAUUUACAGUCUUGGAGAUGGGAAUUAUAGAAGAGAAAGAUUAAAUGCAGGUUUGUUUUUUAAUGGCACUUUUUAAUGAUGCUACUCUAGCCAGAAAAAAAUUGUUAAUAUUAACUGAAUAAAAGCUAUUUCCAUAGCAUUUGUUCUUAUGUGGUGGAUAGAAAUUUGUCACUGCAAUGUGUUUGAAAACAAGACUAAUAACUGAUUUCAAGAUCAUAUAUUUUAUUAAUUUAUAUCUUUAUCAUAUUCAUAUCAGACCUCAUUCUCUUCACAUAAAUUAUUCUCUCUCUUUCUCUCUCUCUCUUUCCCUCC